AGGCUAUCUGCCAGUCAAGAGAAACUUGGAAGACGAGAGUGUCAUCGAUUUCCUGCCGGGGCUGACUGGCAUGACUCGAAAGGAUUUGCCGCUGGCCUUCUAUGACGACGACGUCUGCCUGGAUUUCAUUGGAAAAGCUUGCGCGAGGCGUCCAGAGGCGUUUUGCGUGCUCGCGAACACGUUCCAGGAGCUAGAACCAGUGGCCAUCGCCGCGAUGCGCGAGAGGAUGAGGUACUUUGCGAUUGGGCCACUGAUCCCUCGGGCUCUUCUCCGCGAAGCGCAGCUCCCCAGGGAGGAUUUGCGCGAUCACGACGAGCAUCUCGGCUGCAUGGAGUGGCUGGAUCGCCAGCUUCCGGCGUCGAUCCUCUACAUCGCGUUUGGGAGCGUCGCAGUGCUCUCCUUCCGCCAAGUGAAGGAGAUUCUCGACGCGCUGCAAGCUUCCAAUCAGGCGUUCUUGUGGAGCUUCCGGAAGAACUUUGUCGUGGAUGUUCCGGACAACGAUCACAAGGCCCUGGACGAGCUUCUAGAUCGAGCCAAGCCCAUGGAAUCCAGGCUCGUGUCGUGGGCUCCCCAGCUCCACGUCCUGCGGCACCCAGCGGUGGUGGGAUUCGUGACCCACUGCGGCUGGAACUCGACCAUGGAAGCGAUCAGCUCCGGCGUUCCAAUGCUUGCGUGGCCGCGCACGUCGGAGCAAAACAUGAACUCCAAGCGCAUGGUCGAGGAGUGGAAGAUCGCGCUGGGCGUGAACAACCAUGGCCAGGACACGGACGAUCCCCCGCGAGUGAUCCAGUCCCGGGAGAUCGCGAGGCUGAUCGAGGAGCUCAAUGGGGAAGAGGGCAAAUCGAUGAAGGAGAAUGUGUUGCGAUUGAGAGACGCGCUCCGGGCGGCGCAUGGACCCGGUGGAUCGGCGUGCGAGAGCUUGCGCGAAUUCGCAGAGUGUUUCGCGAAGAGCCCUAGUCUCCGCUAGCCAAACACUCUUACUCAAAACGCUUAGUCAAACGGUCAAUGUUAUUUAAACUUUCCUCGCAA